ACAACCACUCGAUCAAGGUGUCAUACAAAAUUUAAAAUGUCAUUAUCGUCGCAGAAUUUUAAAAAAUACUAUAAAAUGCUUUGAAGUAAACAAAAAUCUUAACAUUACAUUAAUGGACUGUGUUGAUGAAAUAACUAAUGCAUGGAAUAUCGAUGUUAAGCCUGAAACCAUCUAUAAUUGUUUUAGAAAAGACGGCUUCGGUCAAUAUUCUGAAUGGGAGGAAGAAGAUGGCAUUCCUUUGGUUUUCAUAAGCGAACGCAUAAAAGAAAGGAGUAAGGAAGAAAUUCAACUGCAGAAUGAAUAUGAAGCUUGGCAAAAUAUCAAAGAGUUUCCCACAGAUGAAGAUAUUGUGGAGCUAUUGGGAUCUAAAUCCGAAUUUGAGCAUGAUAGCGAAAGUGAUAUAGAAGAUGAUAUGCUGCAACCAGUUUCAAACGAGCUAGUUGCAAAUUCGCUCAAGAUUUUGCGGUCAUAUUUAAAAACCAAUGAACAUACAACCGAUUCUCUCUAUGACUUUCAACAACAAGAAAUAACACUUAAUUACAGCAGCUACAACAGCAAUUCAUACCGGGAGCCAAGCACAGAGCAUUACCAGCAGCUUUCGACUGCUGGUUAUGUCUAUUUGACUUGUAUUGUGCCAUGGAUGGCACUUGUUGCGCUUUCCGCAUUCUUGUACACACAUUUUAUUUAA